AUGAGGACCCGCCAAAGCUGUGCGAGGGGCGACAACCCAGAGAGUACGUACGUGGAUGUGGACUCCAGAGAAGAGAGGGACAUGGGGCAGGGGAAGGAUGAGGAAGGUGGCGAGGUAAAGGAGGAAAGGAGUGUGGAGAAGAGGGCUGAGGAGGAUGACGUAGAGGAUGAAGAUGGCGAUGUAAGUUUGCUGCUUUUUGGCGUACCGUGCGUCACAGAGGACGAGUCUCAUUACAUUACCACACAUGAGAUCCAACUGACUGAACUGUCAGAUGACGAGGGGGAUAACGAUGUGAGUGUGGGCUGGGAGGACAACCAGGUGUUUUCCUUUGUGGACUAUGACGCAUUUGAGCAAAACGGAAGCAAAGUUGUGAAUGAGAAGAAGAGCAGCCCACAUGUUUCCAGUAGUCAAUCUCAGCCACAACAGCAGAUCCACCUGUCAAUCAGAACUACUUCCCAGACCGGGGGGGACAACCUGGUCUACCAUGGCGACGUGAGUGGAUACCUUUUCAGGGGAGUGGAUGGGGACGCGGCCAAGUGCUUUAUAGCAGCACCGGGAAGGGUGCACUUUGGCGCCAAAUUACGCGGUAGAGAAGUGACCGACUCCAGUGGGACGUCCAGUGCUGUGAGUGAGCUCGACGACGCAGACAAGGAAGUGCGCAACCUCACGGCCAAGGCUUUUAAAAGUUUAGCAUAUCCAUACUUUGACACUAUUAACUUUAGCACGUCAAGUGAAUCAUCUGCAUCAGAGAAGUGGUCUUUUGUUGACCUAAAGUACGGCAACGUGGAUAAGCGAGUGGUGUCUCGACAGAGUUUGGAGAACAGGAGUUUCACUGGGUUCACUCUCAAUGGGAAUCCACAAACGCAGCUGGGGUUCAUGGGGAAACUGGGGCAGGGUCACAGCGGAGUGAUCAGGCUCACAGAGACGCUCAAUUUCCGCUGCAAUGUUGGAGUGGCCGGAGCUGACAGACCCCCGAUGUUUGCCCAAAGCGCAACAGCAGCCGGAUCACGUUCCAAGGAUGAAGUUACCAACGCAGUGGCAGGGAGCAGGCAGUGGCGAUUAGGAGCCGCCACCAAGCCGCCCUGUCAAAAAACCAUGGAGCAUAAGAAAGCCAUAUUCGCAUCCAGCCUGAUUAAAAAUGUUAUUUCGAAGAAGAUGCAGUUUGAGCAGGAGCGCAAAAUGGAAAGAGGGGAGAUUAGCGAGCCCAACGCACAAGAGGACACUGCCAAAGCGAGUAAAGGAGGCAGAGAACUGCUCAGGCAGAGCUCUAAAUUUUCAGAGAGCAGCUCUGACCUCGCAAUAAUGUGCGUGGAUGAAUUGGGAGACUUGGUGGACAGCGGCUCGUGUGAUACUAAGAGUGACAGGGCGCACAGACAAGCCUCUGUCGCGUUGGAGCACGCGAAUGAAGCUGGAAUCGAUACUAAAAAAGGUGCAUUGGACGCGUCUAAAAACACGCUGCUUCAUAGCCAAAAUAGCGCAUUCAGAUGCUGGAAGGACGACGAUCUAGAGUUUCAAAAGGAUCGUAAAGGUGUUCAGAGCGCACUCGAGGCGAACGACUCUGAUCAGAGUGGAGUUAAACUCACGAAAAUGUCGAGUUUGUUUUUGCCAAGUAUCCAGCAGCUGUCCAGCGAAGAGCAGCGGCAAGACAGCCCCGUUUUGGGGCACGAGGGGAGCGUAGAAGCGCGCUCAGACAAUAGACUGUUCGUGCCAGACUCCAGAAAUGUCACUACUAAAUCUCCUGAGAUUAAGAUCAAUCUGAGAAGUGGUAAAAACGAGCCUUUUGGUGUGACUCGACUACGCGCUCCGAAUAUAGGCUGCAGCAGGACCGAGGACUACAAAUCUCUGACUCUCGCUGCGGCUCUGAAGGGUGAGUGCUCAGAUAAAGUUCCACAUUUUAUGGUCAGAGAUAUACGAGAUAAUAAAGGCAAGCUGCAGACGCCCAUACACCAGGUUAGAGACGUAAGAAAGCUUGUGAAAAGCUCGUAUCACUUUGUAUCUUUGGAUAACAACGACAAUAAAACAACAUUGGCCACCUCUGACAGCCAAACAGAAUCUAAAAGGCAAACAUCAGGUAGAAAUUCUACUUCCGUCUCACCUAUCGUGAUCAAAUGUCAAUCUGUGAACACUAAUAAUAACGGGAAACCCUCAGAUAAUAUUAUUGAUUUGUGCAAAAGGGAGGACUUUGAAAGGUCAUCACCUGAGGGCGCUAAAGGGACUCACUUAAGAGCAACUGGAAGGUCUAAUUCCUCUGAUGGAGGCAGUGGAUCUAAAAUUGAAAGUAAAGUGGCUGCAUGGAAGCAAGACAAGGACAAUUUAGAUAAAAAGACAGACAAACUAACCAACCAAGUGGCUUUAGAGAAGUUACAAGCAGCUGUGAAAACAAUGGAGCAACUGUAUGUUUUUGAAAAGAAUGAGUGGAAACGGAAAAGUGAGCCAAACCCAGUGAUGGACAGUCAUGUGCUGCCUCUUAUUAAUGAAGAACAGGAUAAGCCUUCAGCUAAAGAUUGCAGCAGUGAAAAGCUGGAGUCACUAGUGAGACAUGAGGAACAGGUUGGCCACAGCAGCAGCCAUGAUGACAGGUUUAUAAUGAAGACUAUGAAAGCUGAAAACCAAGCCACCCAAUCCCCUUAUGGCACAAAGACGUUCACCCCCAAGUCCCCAAAGCUGCCAACAUCACUAAGGACCACUAUGGGACGACUCAGUGGACUGGACAGAGCUGACUCUAAAGAAGAAGAGCGCGCGAACCAGGAGCAAGCCAUGUCCGACCAUGAGAACUAUUUAACUAUACCUGUCAAAUUUGCACCAAAACAAGUUCCACCUCCUGACGCAUCUUCAGUGCACACCUUUAAAUCUCGCACCCCACCUGGACCAGCCCGGGCCACUAUUCAGGACAACCUUCCCACCAGCAUUGUCAUGGAAACGCCUGAAACACCAACGGCAGCCAUAUACCAUUCAUUACCAAUGGGCAUCACAACUAAUCAACUCUAUUGCUUCUCCCCAGCAGUUACCCCAGCACCAUCUCUGGAUCAUUUUCAGCCCACCCAAAGGAAAAUGCUGCUUGACCCUACUACGGGGAACUACUACUUAGUUGAGACCCCGAUGCAACCCACUAGUAAGCGCCUAUUUGACCCUGAAACAGGACAAUAUGUGGAUGUUCCGCUACCCCCAGCUCCAAUGACACCUGUUCCUAUGUCCUCUCUGGCCAUAAGUCCCGGGGCAUACGCACACACCUACAUGAUCUAUCCCGGGUUUAUGCCUCCCACGGUCAUCCCAGCCCGCACCUUGGUCACGUCACAGAUGUCAGUGCAUUCAGACCCCCCGGACAAAACCCCUCCUCAACAAAGUGAGGCCCCUUACAUGGAGAGUCCAUACUACAUGGCCACAGGCAAGUCUCCACAAACGGCUCAACCUUCCACCAGCAGGACGCCCCAGGGGUACUCCGCCCUGAAGCAGCCCUUCAUCAGCAUCUCGUCUCCCCAACAAGGUCCCCGCAUCAUUGCCCCGCCCUCCUUUGAUGGGACUACCAUGAGCUUUGUGGUGGAGCACAGAUGAAGAGGUAUGAACUUCAAAAUAAAUGGACAUCUCCUUUUCCUUCAUAAAAAACAAGCUGAUGAAGCCAUGAAUGAGGCAUCAGCAGUAGUUACCCUGCAGACAAUGGGGACUUUUGGUUGGGAGAUAUUUGAACUACAGAGGCGACGUCACCUUGGUGACAACUGACUGCUUUGUGGGAUUCAGCUAACCUUGGAUCUGCUGGCCAGUCCAUAACUCUUAUUUGAUGCCACAUAAUAUAAAAUAAAAAAUAAUUUACGGUAUGUCUAUUGCAUAGUCUCAUAGUCUCAAAGUCUUAUUAUGGAUCCUUGAACACUUAUGCUUGUGAAUGGAUCACAGUGCAUACCCAAUGAUUGGGGUCAUCAUUUAUUUCAAAAGAAAUUUAGUAGGAUAAGAAAUGUAUGUUGUGAUAUUGUGUUUUCUAAAUUUUGUAAUCUAAUAAUGCAAUGGCUUUUAUUUGUAUACCAGAUUAUUAUUAUUAUAAUAUAUGCAUCUGUGAUGGUAAAUUUUCAUCAGUUUAAAAUAUUUUACUUAAGUGUCUUUAUGUUAUCUCAUUAUUAUGGUUGUGUUUUUUUUUUCUUUUCAACACUUUUUAAGAAUAUUGACAUUUAUGUAAUACUAUUUCUGCCGAAAAGGUGAUGGUUUACUGUAAGGUUAUACACAGGGCCUCUUGGUAAUUUGAUUGUAGAUGAGGGUUUGAGUAUGUUUAGAUAGCAUAUCAUUGGAUCCAUGAUACCGUUAGGCAUACAUACUGCUUUAUGUGAAUUUUCAUUUAGACAGUGCAAUAAUGUUAUAAUGAAUAUUUAGCAUUUUUUAAUUAAUCAAACUUCAGGGAUGUUUUACACUGAAGUCUUUUGUGCACUGAAAAAAUACAAUAAAUAUCAGAACUUUUGCAAAUUUCAAAA